AUGUCAUUGUCAGGAAUACCAUUCGCUAUUUCAACGACUGAUACGGACAAUCUUCUUUAUUGGACCAUACAGGCUGACCAAUCUAUUGCUCUCGAACCUAAAGCUGAAAAUUUUAAAAAUCAGCUUUGGAUAUUAAAUGCUAAUUCUCUGAUUGUUAGCUUGGGAUAUCCUCAACUUUCGGUCAAUAAUUUCUAUUAUGUUACUAAUGUAAAUGGCCAGAUCGCGGUGCAGGCCUUUCAACCUGGAUCGAAUCAAUCUUUCCAAAUAAAUGGUAGUUUGUUUAAUUCAACAAUUAGCUUAGGUACUGGUACUCAAAUUUCUUAUGUAGAAGCUAGUGGUGUACUCGCGCCAGGUGCUACGCUUAAGCUUUUGAGCGAUCCAAAUGUUAAUCAUUGGUGUAUCAAUCGAUUAGUAUUUUAG